AUGAAUGCGCCAGAGCCUGAGCAGACCCCUUUCGAGGCUGUCAGCGUCCACACAUCCAAGAUCGCGCGCCAUUACCAAGCUCUGCUGGACCAGUCGACCCCCUUUGUCCUCUACCGAUGGAUCGGCACCGUUGUCUGCCUCUUCCUCUUCUUCCUUCGAAUCCUGUUUGCGCAGGGCUGGUACAUCGUUGCCUAUGCGCUCGGCAUCUACCUGCUGAACCUGUUCCUGGCCUUCUUGCAGCCCAAGUUUGACCCCUCGAACGAAGAGAUCGACAAUGAGAUGGAGGAUGGCUCCGUGGGCACUCUCCCCACCAAGCAGGAUGAGGAGUUCAAGCCCUUCAUUCGACGACUCCCCGAGUUCAAGUUCUGGUACUGGGCCACCCGAGCCAUCCUCAUCUCUUUUGUGUGCAGUUGGUUCGAGGUCUUCAACGUGCCCGUCUUCUGGCCCGUGUUGGUCAUGUACUGGAUUAUCCUCUUCGUUCUUACCAUGCGAAAACAGAUCCAGCACAUGAUCAAGUACCGCUAUGUGCCCUUCACGGUUGGCAAGAAGAACUACGCCAAGAACAGCUCUUGA